UAAACCUAAAUGCACAAAAAAUUGCUGUUCAUCACAAAUGAGACAGGCGUCUCUAAAAGCUAAAGGAAUAUAAAUGUGGAGAAAAAAAAUGUAUCAUUUUAUUUGUCAAAUAAACAAAAAUGUUUCUACCUUCUCAAUAAGAAGAGCAAACCAUUAUCAGCAUUACAGAAACAUUCUUAUAACUCCAGAUCAGCUUUAAGCAUUUUUCCACAGACAAAUUAUCUUUGCUGAUGAGCUUUGAGGUCUCCUAAUCCACAGAUCUCCUAAUCCACAGAUUCUCUGUCAAAUUCAAAAAGAUUGAUAUUACUUCCCAUUAGAGGAAAAACGUUGGUCAAAUUAAAAUAUUACUUCAAAUCUAAAUCUGCCAGAGGUAUAAUUUAUUUUGACGUUAAGUUCACAUACGUCCUCACAAACAUCUGGAUUGGUAUACCUCAGGAAUUUGCAGAGAAUAUACUUUUGGUAGCCAGCAGCAAACAUCUGGAAUAAUUCUGACAGAAUGUGUGACCAUCCUUCGUGACAGAAACGGUAGAGAUUAGUUAAUUUUCUGGCAACAACUAGCUUUUAAGAAUAAUCCACAAAUUUUGAAUUGGGCUGAGGUCAGUAGCAAUCUGAUUCGUCUCUGUGAAAAACAUAUCUGGUGACUUUGUUUAGAUUUGUUUGAGAUGAUUUUUCAUGAUCUUUUAGUGAAAGAAAGACGGCUUUUUGUUGAGCAAGAGAGUGUGAUGGAGUAGUGGCAAUGAGCAGUAAUGCUGUGUAAUCAACUGAUUAAGGGAGAGAUAAAGUGGAGCAUCACCCCUCCCUCCUGCUCUUGGCAGCUGAUGUCAAGACUGUGUUGCUAUGGGCAACCGUCCAGGCAAGAGAGAGGAAAAUGGAGACACCACCUGGUGUGCAGGAUGGCAACAGAGAGGCUGAGAGAACAGAAGGGAAGAAACAUCAUGUCAGAAGGACAAUGAAGUCAAAUUCUGAAAGCGGAGCUCAGGAUGAUGACGAGAGAGUCAGACGGAGGACACUCAGCCUGCCAGCAUCAGCAGCCGGGAGGAAGGCUGGCCAAUCACCAGCUGACAUGCUCAGAAAUUCAGGAGCCAAUGAAAUGCCAGCAGGCGCCCUCCACAGCACAACAACUCGGGUGCAGAGGCUGCACAAUCUGAGCUCGGAUGUCUUAUUAAUGAAUGGAGCUCUUCCUGGGCUGCAUCGCUGCACGUCUCUGAAACGGGAGGAUGGAGAGGAAAAUCAGCAAAGAUGGAGGGAAAAACGGUGCCAAGGCUGUGAGAGGACGGCGAACAAACCCAGAGAGCCCCGAUGAAGGCUCGGCUGAGGACGUGGCAGCAGCUUUUAAAGGGACGGACUCCCAUCCUGAUCUCCACCUGCCGGACUCCUCGUCCCCAUCACCCUCCUCCUCCUCCCCUCUUCCUCAGCCCGCCAUGCCUCCUUCCGUGUCUGCCUCUGCUCUCCUGGCUCUGGCGUCUCCAGCAACCAGGCGGUCCAUCUCCAUGGGAGACUUUCGGAGGGUAACAGGGGCUCUCCUGGCCGGUUCCGAUCCCCCGUCCACUUCUGCCACGGCCCCCUCCUCCAAACUGGUCACCCCCAGCUCCAGCAUGGAGUUCGAGGCGGCCCGGCGGCGCCUGCUGGAGGUGGAGGAGCGGCAGCGGGUCAUCAGGGAGAUGGAGCGGCGGCUGGAGGAGCUCAGGGAGAUGUUUGUGCGCUCUGAGCAGCAGGUGGUGGUUCACGGGGAGCUGGUGUCGCGGAUAACCGGUGCAGCCCAGCAGGGUGAGCUGUACGUGGCGGAGAACACCCAGCGGGUGAAGAAAGGCUUGAAGUUCAAGAAGCAUCGACCCACCAUCGUGUUUUCCUCCAUGCUCGGACUGCGCACGUGCCUCCCCUGGCCUGUGAAGCUCAAAUAGGACGUCAGAUACUUACAUUUCACCCAUGAUAUUAGAAAUGUGCUUUACAUUAAAUAGUGAGGGGUGGAGCUCCAUCCCUUAGCUCUCAGUGACACUGCUCUCCAGUUACAACCUUACUGCUCUUGAAUCCUGAGGCUGGUCCUUCAGGGGUUAGAGUGCCUAAAUAUCACAGAGGCCAGUAAAGGAGCUUCCGGUUCAGCAGAUUUCUGGGGAAAACUCCCUGGCUAGCUGGCACCAGUGCAUUGUGUACAGGAUGUUGUUGUGUCCUAGUUGUUCUCAUAGAUUAUUUGCUGCUUGCAGUAAUUGUUAGUGCUUGCUUUUGAGAUUCAUGUCAAAUUCAUGAUGCACAGAUGAGUCAGGAGGAUGUGGGAGGUGAGCUUCGCUCUGCUCUCUUAUCAGGAGGUUCUGCUGCACUUUAACUUCUGCAGCAGUGAGGAGGCUUAUGUAAGCUUAUCGAAGAAGGGGCAACACAACAGUGUACAUCACUGAACUAUCUGCCUCUGCAGCUCAUUAAGGGCAAAGUGAAGGACAGGAAGGUAAGAUGAGACGUUUGCUGCACUGCUACAUAAAACCUGUGUAGACAGAUGCAGAAAUAGAAAAUGUAAUUGUGGGAAAUGACUGAAAAAAUGUGCCUUGGCCUCUCUGAGACUGCUCAUCCCACUGUCAUAGCAGCACUAAGAAAAGACAGAUAAUAGGGAGACAAAAUCAUGCUGGGACACAUCCACCUGUGGCCUCUUUUUAUCCUGUCACCUAGCAACCAUUUAUCCCUCCAUCCUAAAUCCUCUUCCACAAAAAAUGCAGAAUGUAUCCAGCUGAGAGCUCUGAUUACACUACUGUGGCAGGGAUUUAGUAAAACAAAUGAUAAACAUCAAGAUUUAUUAUUAUUAUUAUUAUUAUUAUUUCUGCUUCUGAUGAUCGGGGGUUAAAUUUGAGUUACUCAUGCAUGCAUCAGCUUGUAAAUAUUAGCUAUGCUAUCUCUGCUGUCUUAAUGAAGAACAAGACGAUGUUAUAAGCUACAGAUUUGCUUCUUAGAACGCAAAUGUAACUUUAAGUGCACAAAGACCUCACUAAUAUGGAAUUAUAGUGGUAAUUGCAGGUUUGACCAAUUUAUUCAAGUGUUUAUUUACAUCAUGUUGCAGCAUUAUCUGUUAAGCACAAGACAUUUGUCCCAUUUUUUUUUAUUUUUUUAUUUCUAUGCAUGUUUUUGUCUUUGGAUUAAUAGUAAUGUCCUUUUUGCAUUGUGUUUCUCUCAUUUGAUCUGCACAGGUACUAAUUACAUCAGGGAUGUCUCGUUUGGGCAUUAACAGGUUAUGGUAGUGAUCCACACUCAGUCUAGGUUCACUGUUUGUUUGUCAGGGUAAAAUGUCCUGACAAACACCCUUUUUUCUACAGCAACACAAUCCCUGGUGGUGCUUUGUUACAGAGAACCUGCAGCCAGGCUGCACAACAGGGAGACACAAGCUUUGAUUGUAUCAUCACUUUCACUAAAUGAUUCAUUCCGUUUCUGAUUUUUCUUCUUUUUAUUUGCUUGCUUGCACAGAUUUAAUGGAUGUAUUAGAAGCAUCCACUGUAUGUACUUUUAUAGAGUUAAGAGUAACAGAGGAAGACACUAAUGGGAGACCAGGUUGCCUGUGUUUGAAAAAAAUGAAUUUAUAAGAAAACUAUGAUGCAUUUAAAGGAUGUGAAGACUCACUACAUCAGGCUGGUUCACUUCAGUAGGAACUGGAUUUGGGUCAUUGCUAAUUUUGACUUGAAGGGCUUAAAUUGGAGUUUGUCUGUGUUGCUUGGAAACACUUAAAGGAGCACUUGAUCAAAUAGUUUGUCAAACAAUUUAUUCACAUUGUGGAUCUGAGACUUUUUCAGAACAACAUUAAAAGAUACAAGUAUUUCCAUACUGACUGACAUUUUAAAACAGUGACACAGCAGAAUUUUGUAUUUAUUUUAGUUGGUUGUGUGUUUUAUGAUGACAAAAACAGAUAAAAAAGAUCAAUUGGUACUGCAUCCCAGCCAACAUGUGCAUGUCUGCCUCAUAUGGGUUUUACUCUGGUUAGACGGACCAUUUAAAUACAGUUUUAUUGGCAAUCCUGUUGGACACGCUAUGCAUGCGUUUGCUUAGUCCAAAAUGAAAAGAAAAUCAAUUAUCCAGGUCUCACAUGGGUCCUACUUUUCCCCCAGAAUUGUCUUAUAUAAAACCUAUUUCAGUAUUUCUCUGUAACCUGUGAGAAAUCUUAUCUGGCAACCCAGAUCCCAUUCAAAUACUUACUGGGAUGUUUGACUGAAAGUGUUUUUCAGUGUUAGAUGCGGUGAUGAACUGUUCUGAUGAUUUGUAUUUUAGGAACAUUUUUGUCAGAGAGGAUCUUCAAUUCAUGAUAGAACACAUGAAAUGGAAAGAAGUAUAGUGUUGUUGUCAUUGAACACAAUGUUUAGAAUAUCCUUUUGUUUUUCCAAAUUGUAACUAGAAAACGGUUAUUUUGGGAUUGGAACCAUCCACCGAUAUGGGUGUUGACUUCAGAGGUAAACAAGUAGCCUGGUUGUCCUCUUGAUUUUAAACCAGGAAGUUACUCAUAUUCUCCACUGCAUUUCACUUUUCUAUAUGAAGCAAAGACUACAUUAGAGAGAAUUUAAAAUUUAGCAGUGGUACUUGUGGUUUUAACCUGAGAACUGUUGUGAGAAAUAGCUGGAGUGCCUCUUGAUUCAAAGAAACUUGGUCAAGCCAAAUGUUUCUUUUGACCUACUGAUAGCCACGGCGUCUCUCUCCUUGAAUGUUGAUUAACGCCAUUUAGUUAAGCAUUAUACAUGCCCAAAGUUUAAAAAAAGAAGAAAAAAAGAUGCUUUCUGGCUUUGUGCACAACUAUACCAAACAUUAUUGUAGAACGGUUUUAUUUAAUAAAGAAGUCUGAAACAUGUAUUUAUGCUCCUGUAUAUAUAGAGCUACCUGUACAUACAGUUAGCCUGAUUUGCUGUUUGAGAUAUUUUUGUUUUGGUGUUUACAGAAAGGAUGGUACUGACACAAACAGCUGGACAACAUUUACAUAUGGGCCCCAUAUGGGUAGAAAUUGACUGAACAAUGGGUUAAAGAUGGGACUGUAUCUAGGUUACAUACUGACUUAAUUUUAAUGUUUUGUUGGAGAAGAAUAUUGGAACCUAUGUGGAUUUUCUUUAUGAGACCCAGUUAAGUCCCACAUGAUGUGCCUGAAUUUUGUGGCCUCUGUGGGUUGGUUCCAAGUGGGUUCAGACUCACAACGCAGUCUAAGCAAUCUUUCUAUGGGGCCCACAUAUGCAUGUUGAUUGGGAACUAUAUAUAUAUUUUUUUUAACCUGAGUGGGACUAAAUAACUCAGUCAUUCUUUGCUGUGGAACUGCACUUUUUAUUUUCUGAAUGGAAAAACAUUUUUAAAAACACAUUAUCCAAAGAUCUCUGGGCCCACUUGCAGAAUGAAUGUAAUGUUGAUUGUUGGGUGUUUCUGUAUUUUUCCUGAAGACUGGAAAUAGAAAUAUUAUAAUAUUUCCAUUUUGAACCUGUGGCUAGCAUUUACUUUGAUAAAUCUGGAAACUGUUGCCACAGCUCUAGCUCAUUUAGCCCUUUACUCACAUCAACACUGACUAGCCACAGGCUCAAAACCACCUUUAUGAUGUUUAACACUUGAACGUUUGAAUAAUUCAUGUUUACUUAUGCAUACCAGUUAUUUAUUGCUUUACAAUUUGUAUGAUAUUCUUAUGAUAUGUUUAAAAGCUAUAGCUUUUUUCCUCAGUUAUUAUUGACCAAGUGAGUACAAUUAGAGCUUCACACUUCAGCAUCAUCUGUUUUUGAUUAUAAAAAAGCUUUAUGAUAAAAUGUUAAUUCAUGUUCUGCUUUGGGUUCCUGCUUUGUUUAGUUUGCACCUAUAAAUGUCUGCACAAUGCUAGACAAUUAUUAAAAGACUCCUCUCAAGCUC